AUGGAGAGAAAACUAGCAAUUGUUGUUGUGGUCUUUUGCUGCUUUGCCAUCUCAGGCUGCAACUCUUUGCGAUUGGAGCAAUUCCCUGUCGACAAUCCCUCGCCGAAAGCGAAAACCUUUAAUUUCUACAAACUGAGUCUUCAAUGGCCGCAAUCAUUCUGUAGAUCUGAUGGUAUCAUUUGUGAUACUUCACCCACACAAUCCUACUUUACAAUCAAGAGCCUCUCCCCACAAUAUAAUCCUGACCAAGACGUCCCUCCUUAUGCCACCAAUCAGACUCAGACUUGCACUGAUUCCACACCCACAGCUUCUAUCGAUGUUACGCUUGGACUCUUGGGGCAAAUUCAACCAGAUAUGGCGCAAUAUUGGCCAGAUCUUGUAAACACCCCACAGCAAAAUCUUGUCCUCUGGCAGGACGAAUGGGCGAAGCAUGGGAUGUGUUCUUCAUAUCCGAAAGAGCCUGAAAAAUAUUUUAAUGUUGCCGUGGCUUUCGUAAAAGCCAACGAUCUCCUAGCUAGCCUUAGCGCUGUAGCUCAAAUCAUCCCAACAAAUAGUCGCACUUACAGUCGCGAAGAUUUCUCAAACGCUAUUACAAGGACGCUACAAGUGUUUCCUGAAAUUUAUUGCACGAAAGACAUGAAAGGACAAGUACAGUUGGAAGAGAUUCGCAUAUGCAUUGGAUUCAGUGGUACUCUCGCAGAUCUCAAAGAUUGUCCAACGCGAUUCAGAGGCUGCGAUUCCAAUGCACAAAUACAUUUCCCUGCUGCUCCAUGA